AUACAGUACUUGUUAUUAUUGACGGGCGCGUACUACGUCAUUGUGCAUUGGUCGAAUGAAGAUUGAGCUACUGCACUUCUUUGCGAUUUCUAUGAAACCGCGUGGGAGUUAUACGAGAGUUACUGUAUACGAGUACAAAACCUCCAGAUAGCCAGCGUGAGGUCGGCCGCAUGCUUCGUCUCUAAUGAUGUCAUGCGACUACAACGUGCACUGCAUGCAGCCUUUUAGCCGUCUGUUGGUUGAACGUGAUCAUGACGUCGUCCUGUUUCAAUUUUUUAAGAUUAUUGAAAGCGAAAAAACGUUUCGGCCGCCUUUCAGUUUUGAGUUUUCGUUAUCGUUUUGGUUUGUGUUGAAAUUGAAAAUUAUUGUAUGGUAUAAUCGAGGUAGAUUACUGAGUACGUAAUGGUAGUGCUGUCUUGUUGGCUUUCUUAAUUUGGCUGUUGGAGAUGGCACUGUCGGAUACCGCGAUUAGCCGUUUGCUAGUGGAACUGACCAAUAUGACCAAGGAACCAGACGAGAACGUCCGCGUCGUAUUUUGGGAUAUGAUAGAAAAUCGUGUAGAAACUCUAACGGUGACCAUCGCUGGACCGGCCGGAAGUGUCUACAAAGACGCUGAUUUCCUGCUGGAUGUCAAGCUUCCGGAAAAUUAUCCGCAGCGUCCGCCGAAUCUGCGCUUCCUAACAAAAAUCUGGCAUCCAAACAUUUGUCCAGUCACGGGACGGUUGUAUCCCGGCUUCUACAGCACAUGGUGCGAAUGUAUGACGAUAAAGACACUUUUGGGAAGUGCUCGCGGUUUGCUCAGUUCUCCGCUUCUCGGGGAUUCUGCCAAUGCCAUCUUAGCAUACCAGUUUGUCAGUAACCGGGACCAGUUUGAUCUGACGGCCCGGUACUGGCUGCAUGUGUACGCUAAUGCUACCAGCACAGCAUACACGGAAAUGGACAGCAAAGUCGCUCAGCUGAUCGAGACGGGAUGCUGCGAUGAGACGUCGGCACGGGAUGCGUUGGCGUUUGCGGAAUGGGACAUCGAACGUGCCUUCGAAAAUUUAUGUGGUAGCCCUCAGUUGGAGGAUCUGGAUCAAGAAUUAGCCAUCCAGCAAGCGAUCGCAUUUAAAGAUAACCUGGGUGAUACACUCUCCAGUAUUAUGAAGUGCCUCUGUACAGUGAAACGAAAAUCCUAACCUUGUCGUUUCAUUUUUGUCAAUAAUAUGACGUCUUGUUCGCGUAUUUUUUAUUUCCCAGUUAUUUGUCUUUCGCCCAACAGUGUCGGCACUUUUGUUUUUUUUUCGACCUUUUGUCGGUAGACAGACGUAAUCUUGCUGCUCCUACUAUUGUUGUUUAUAAGAAUUUUAAGGAAAACUGGUCUCGAUAGUUUAUUAGUUUUAUGUGUAAAAAGAUCCUUUGUCGCGUUUGAAAGGAAUUAAAAUGAAAUCCAGAUAUCAA